UCAGUCGCAGUCAGGGGUGAUGCCCAAGGCGCCUCACCUUUCAGAACUGGACCAUGAACAACUUCAUCCUCCUGGAAGAACAGCUGAUCAAGAAGUCCCAACAGAAGAGAAGGACUUCUCCCUCGAAUUUUAAAGUCCGUUUCUUCGUCUUAACGAAAGCCAGCCUGGCAUACUUCGAGGACCGCCAUGGGAAGAAGCGCACGUUGAAGGGCUCCAUCGAACUCUCCAGAAUCAAGUGCGUGGAGAUUGUCAAGAGUGACAUUAGCAUCCCGUGCCACUAUAAAUACCCUUUUCAGGUCAUGCACGACAACUACCUCCUGUACGUGUUUGCUCCAGACUGCGAGAGCCGUCAGCGCUGGGUGCUCACCCUUAAAGAAGAAACGAGGAAUAACAACAGCCUAGUAUCCAAGUAUCACCCUAAUUUCUGGAUGGAUGGGCGGUGGAGGUGCUGUUCCCAGCUAGAGAAGCUUGCCGUAGGCUGUGCUCCCUACGACCCAACGAAGAAUGCUUCAAAGAAGCCUCUUCCUCCUACUCCUGAAGACAACAGGCGGUCAUUUCAGGAACCUGAAGAAACCCUGGUCAUUGCCUUGUACGACUACCAAACCAACGAUCCUCAGGAGCUCGCGCUGCGGCGUGAUGAAGAGUACUACCUGCUGGACAGCUCCGAGAUCCACUGGUGGCGGGUUCAAGACAAGAAUGGGCAUGAAGGCUAUGCACCCAGCAGUUACCUGGUGGAAAAGUCUCCAAAUAGCCUUGAAACCUACGAGUGGUACAAUAAAAGCAUCAGCCGAGACAAAGCUGAAAAACUUCUUUUGGACACAGGUAAAGAAGGAGCAUUCAUGGUCCGAGAUUCCAGGACACCCGGGACAUACACAGUCUCUGUCUUCACCAAGGCCAUCAUAAGUGAGAACAACCCCUGUAUUAAACAUUAUCACAUCAAAGAAACAAAUGACAGCCCCAAGCGGUACUAUGUGGCUGAGAAGUAUGUGUUUGACUCCAUCCCUCUCCUCAUCCAGUAUCACCAAUACAAUGGAGGAGGUUUGGUCACUCGACUCCGGUAUCCAGUUUGCUCCUGGCGGCAGAAAGCCCCUGUCACAGCAGGGCUAAGAUAUGGGAAGUGGGUGAUCCAGCCCUCGGAGCUAACUUUCGUGCAGGAGAUUGGCAGCGGGCAGUUUGGACUGGUGCAUCUCGGCUACUGGCUCAACAAGGACAAGGUGGCCAUCAAGACCAUUCAGGAAGGGGCGAUGUCAGAAGAAGACUUUAUCGAGGAGGCAGAAGUCAUGAUGAAACUCUCUCACCCCAAGCUGGUGCAGCUCUAUGGGGUGUGCCUGGAGCAAGCCCCCAUCUGCCUGGUGUUUGAGUUCAUGGAGCACGGCUGCCUGUCGGAUUACCUUCGAAGUCAGCGGGGUCUCUUUGCUGCAGAGACCCUGCUGGGCAUGUGCCUGGACGUGUGUGAGGGCAUGGCCUACCUGGAAAAAGCCUGUGUCAUCCACAGAGACCUGGCCGCCAGGAACUGUUUGGUGGGAGAAAACCAGGUCAUCAAGGUGUCCGACUUCGGGAUGACAAGGUUUGUCCUUGAUGAUCAAUAUACCAGCUCCACGGGCACCAAAUUCCCAGUGAAGUGGGCAUCCCCCGAAGUGUUCUCCUUCAGCCGCUACAGCAGCAAGUCAGAUGUGUGGUCAUUUGGUGUACUGAUGUGGGAAGUCUUCAGCGAAGGCAAAAUCCCAUAUGAAAACCGAAGCAAUUCAGAGGUCGUGGAAGACAUCAGCACUGGCUUUCGGUUAUACAAGCCCCGCCUGGCCUCCCCUCAUGUCUACCAGGUCAUGAAUAACUGCUGGAAAGAGAAACCGGAAGACCGGCCACCCUUCUCCCGGCUGUUAAGCCAGCUGGCUGAAAUCGCAGAAUGUGGACUUUAGCAGGGACUCAUUGACCAGCCACCGCCAUGAAUCCUGAGCGAAGAAACAAUGUCCCUUUUCCACAGCAUUAAAAGCUGCCACCAGCCCAGGACCCCCACAGGUGCCUGGACCAUGGCGGCAGCACGUGUGCAGCCACAACUGCAGCAUCCUAGAAGACGCUGGAGGGCCAGCUGCCGAGCCAACAGCUGGGCCACAGCUGGAGCAGUGUCUCUGUGUCUGCCCCAUCCCAGCCUCUUGUCAUAUGCUGUACUCGAGGCUCCAUCGCCCGCUCUCAGGGAACAUCCCUUCCCCUUCUCAGCAAUCAGGAGAGGCAGAUGUAGGCCACGCUCUUCUUUUUAUUAUUAUUUUAAGAAUAGUUCAAGUAAUCUUUAAUUUGACCCAACGAGACUAUGUGCCUAUUUUAUGGAUGGGAGAGUAGGAAAGCACCGUUCUUUUUCUAAGAAACGCACGGGGUGGUUAAAGCAGGGUGUUCUACUGCUGCAAGGCUGGCAGCCACAGCUUCCUGCCACACACGAGGUGGAGUGGAUGCUUGUGCCAGAGGCCGGAUGUCAUACAACUUCAGAGCACACUGCCACCUCUCUUUGAUGGGGCACAGCGAGCUCCACUGGGUGGAUAAAGUAGGACGACACAUUCAGAGCCCAC